AUGAGGAGCUGGCUGCAAAAGAUAGGCUACACGGACGUCGACGUGGCAGCUUUGAACAUUGUUCACGUUGCUGGGACCAAAGGCAAGGGCAGUACCUGUUCUUUCACUCGAUCGCUGUUGCAAGAAUGGGGCAAGAGAACAGGAUUCCCCACCAAGAUUGGUCUCUACACUUCCCCUGAUCUUACGUGCAUUCGGGAGCGGAUCCAAAUCAAUGGCCAACCAAUCUCAGAGGACCUGUUCACCAAAUACUUUUUUGAGAUCUGGGACCGGCUGUUCGCCCAGCAGCAGCAGCAGCAGCAGCAGCAAGAAGAAAUCGCUGCCGAGGACGAGAGGCAACCUCGAUAUCUGCAAUUGAUUGCCUUGCUCGCCAUUCACACCUUUUCUCGAGAGGGAACCGAAGCAGCUAUCUUUGAGACGCAUCACGGUGGCGAAUAUGACGCGACAAACGUGGUUUCUGCGCCCGUUGUGACUGGCAUAACCUCCAUCGGCCUCGACCAUCUGGCCCAGCUGGGCCCUGGGAUCGAGGAUGUGGCCUGGCACAAGGCCGGCAUCUUCAAGAAUGGGGCUCCUGCGUUCUCUGCUCCACAGGAACCCGCUGUUGAAGCGGUGCUGAAAGCUCGGGCAGAUGAAAAGGGCGUGCAGUUUGAGGUUGUUCCUGUCAAUCCUUCUCUGCCUCUCACUGCGAACGCAUUGCGCGCGCCGGUGCAGCGCAUCAACUGUUCCUUGGCCAUCGCCCUCGUCAACGCUUUUCUCUCUCGGAAGAGCCCUUUGGAGGAAAAGACGCUGAGCGAGCAGGACAUCCAGAGGGGUAUCGAGCACUUCACAUGGCCUGGCAGAUUUGAGGUCGUCAAAACCGCCAGAUGUACCUGGUUCCUCGACGGGGCUCACAACGAGCUGAGCAUCGGACAGGCGGUGGAGUGGUUUUCUGAGAUGACGACGGCUCCUUUUUCCCGCGACGCUGUUCAAGCUCGUCCACCAUGCAUAAUUAUCUUCUCCCACAUGUCAGAAGAACGAGAUGGCCCGUCGUUGUUGAGAGCGUUGGCGAGUGCGGUCGAGCAGCAUAAUGUCCGAUGUCCCGAGAUGGUGUUUACAACGUACCAGGAACGGCGCGAUGGAGCUAUUCGACCUGAUAAGACCUUGAAGCCUCCGGACAACCUCCUGGCGGAUCUUCCAAAACAGUACUGCGACCUGUGGAAGUCGACAUUUCCCACGGCAAGCACCAUAUAUCUCCCUUCCAUUGAGGAAGCUUUGGAAUAUGUGGACACAGCCGGUCAGCAGAGAGACAAUCUGCAAGUGUUGGUUACCGGUAGCUUGCACCUGGUUGGCGGCGCACUUUACUUGCUGCAGCGGUGGAAACAGCCUAAUGUUGAUCGGUGA